AGUCUAAACGUAUCUCCUCGAUGAUGCGUACCUAAUACGCGUGUUCGACACUCGAUUAUAGCUCCUUCGCAUUCGGCGAUAAUGUAGUUAAAGCGAAACGACGAUUUUCAUUCGCGAUUUCGAAGAAAAUACGAUAGGGACACACACCGAGAUAUCAGAGACGGAGAGAGAUAGAGAGAAAGUCAAAUUAAUACAAAACAAAAAGAAGGAGUAGAUAAAACAAAGCAUCAAAGCAAAAAAAAUUUAUUGGCAAAGCAUAUAGGCGUUCGGAGUACGGAUUCAACCGGAAAAUUGCCGAUUUUUUUGUCAUUCUCCCUCUUCUCUCGUAUUCUCGAUUAAAUAGAACGAAGCGCAUUCAAACUGAAAUAUUUGAAUAGUGGGCAGUUGAUUCGCGAGAUUUCGCGAUAUUAUUCGUUGGUUUUCUCUGUCUGUUUGUUCGUUCGUUUGGUGUUCAUUUCCAACUGUGUGUAGCCUUGGAACAGUCGAUAAUCGGCUUUCGAAGUUAAAACAUUUAAAUUCAAUCGAUUUUAAUAUUUUUUUUUUCAACGUACACUAUCGAUACACACAUAGAUUGGAAGUGGCAGCGAUUCUGCAUAAAUCAUGACGCAAAAAUAAUUCUCAAUGUUAUUUCAAUGCAACCAAUGAAAAAAAGGACGUACAUAUAAACAGUGGCCGUUUUUUUUCGGUGUUUUGUUUCGCCAAACCGACUUUUAUUUGAUAAAAUAACAAUGCGUCAUUAAAGUGAACGACAACGACGACGACGAUCGAAAAAAAUUCGCAUUUUCAUUAAACAACAGUUACACAAAAGGAGCAAGAGACAUAGAGAGAAAAAUCAAAUCGAAAAGUUAACACAUUGUCGACAUUAACACACACAUAUUGAUUAAUAAAUUUCAAUGAAAUUCAAUCAAUAUCACAAUUUAAAAUCGUGCCAAUCGGAUUUAUUGAACAAUUGAAUCGAAUGGAUGAACAUGUCAAUAGGUUGCGCGUAGAUUAAAUAGACUUUUUUCGUUCCUUUCUUUUCUUUCAAACAUUUUUUUUUUCUCUCGGUUCGUUCAUUUCGGAUUUUCACUCAGUCGGCGUUCAUAAUUUUUUUUUUCGUGCACAAUUACACGUUUCAGUUGUUUUUAUUUGGUUAUUGUUGUUGUUCGUUCGUUUGCGGAGCUAAAAAUAUCAUCGUUUCACCGAAAAACCGUAUAUGAACGGCAACGAACGAACGAAAAAGAAAGAAAACACACAAACGGUAGCAGCGACGGUAACGGCGACGACGACAACGGUGUAAGGACAUUGUGACAACAUCGUUGAGCUGACAAAUGUGUAAACACAGCGUAGAAUACGCGGCAUAAUGAACGCACACAAAGGCUUCGACUGAACCGAAGAUAAAAAAAAUAGCACAAAAACAAAAAUUGAGCAGAGAAAAACGAGCAAAUCACGGAAUCUAUUACGCACGAAAACGACAAAUCCCACAAGUUAUACGGCGGCUUACAAGAGCCGAGUGGAAUAAGUCAAGAGUGUGUGUGUGUGUGUGUGCUUAUGUGUACGGUGUAUGCCAUUUGCAAAUUCAACGGACACUGCCAAAUUGACAAAUUUACUUGUUUCCAUUCUAUUUCGCUUUAUCGUCAUCAUCUCUUUCUCCUCCUCAUUACGACGAUUUAUUUGUGAAUUUUGAACGUGCAGAAAAAAAAACAAGAAGAAAAACCCAAAAUCACCAUACACAUAUAAGCCGCACAUCGAAGUGGCCGAAGGGCAUCACCUUUACAUUAAUUCACGGUCCAACCUGAACUCAAUUCGAAUCCAAUUUAACGUUGAGCUAUAAUUACUCGAUUAGUCGAAAAGUGCGUUUAAUUGCCGCAAAAAUGAAUUUAAUGUUUCGGAAAAAUUUUCGCGAAGGAGCAAAAUCGGGAGGCGGUGGCGGCAUUAAAUUACAACCGAAAUCAACACGCAACCAAGUGAAACGAUCUCGUGAUAUGGGCUAUGGUAAUAUGGAUGCUGAUGUACACUAUCGAACGCAUUUAUUCUUUUCACCAAAUCGAGGCCUCAAUUCGAACGACUGCGAAGAGCCCCGUUGUGGUCCAAUCGGUGCAUCUAUAUCACUGUCGAUGCCACAACAUUGUGAUAUAGACGUAGCACAGCCAAUAAUCGAUCGCAGACCAUCUGUGUCACUCUUCAGAUGGGGUGGCGGCAGUCAAAAACGAAACGAUGCACCAACACCGACAGCUGCCAGACAAGUUAGCUUUAGUGGUCAUGGGAAUAAUAUAGUUGUUGGUACGCGAAACGAACCAAUAUCGCUAUCCACAUUGGAUCGAGACUGUUUUAUCAUACCUGUACACAGUUUAGACCGAUUUCUUCCAGCUGGAAUACCCCUUCCACCACCAUGUGAUUCAGUAGAUGUAAAAGCGCAAGGUCCAUUAAGUGUUUUAGAGGUAGCCGAUCCAAAAGUGUGUAUACUGGCACACUUGAUGAGUCCAUUAGAGCCAAUCGAUCCGAUAAUCGAAUCACCAUUAAGUCAUCCGUUGCUGAAGCAACGGGCCAUCGCAUCAGAACUUUUGACCGAGGUCCAACAAGCAAAUACGGCCAUCGGCGGAAUGCUUCUCGUUAACAUGGAACGCAAUUCUGAUUUUCCAUUCAUCGCAUACUACCUGAUAAACACGCAACAAACUGACCCAGCUCAUUUCUAUUCGGGUGUUCGUGGAUCAUCGCUCUCAAAAUUUGAACCGAAAAAGUUACGAUAUACAGCGGCACAUACUUUGGACCUAUACUCAGAAGUGGCAUCGAUAUGCCGACCGCCGUUAGCAUUGACCAGCAGUGAAAUGGGCAGUUUUAAGAAGACACAAACACCAUCUACGGGCUACAUAAUCAGCGUAUUUAAAGUGUUCGAGGGUGAUGAUGGUGAACGAUUUGAAAAGAACUGGCUUUAUUGGACGGGAGCUCGUAUGCUGUACAGAUAUUUGCCGCGAGCAGUUGGAAUGAGACGCAUCGCCUUACACAAAAGUAUAUCGGCUAAAGGUGACAAAAUGUAUCUGCUUGUAUGCGAAUGUUCGGAUCUAUUGACAGAAAUUUCAUCGGCCGCCGUAUUGAUACCAACAAUUCGGGCCCGUUUGUGCGGAUACACCGGAUUAUAUCGACCAAUUCAAGCUUUUUAGGCUAAAAUAAACACCAAUUUCAAAUUUAAAAAAAAAAUGCAACGUUUGAGCGUUUGAGACUUUUUAAACAAACAAACAAAAAUUAGCAACCAUACGGCAAAAGAAACGAUCGAAUGAAAUCAAUUUGUAAGCAUUUUUGCCAUAGAAAAAACUAACCGAAAAACAAAUAUGUGACCAUCGUGCAAAAACAAAGGAAAAGAAGAGACGGAAAAAAGCGAAACGGAUCGAAUCUGUAAAAAGUCGAAUCCAUAUGCACGCGCGGGCGCUCCCAAAAGCCACGCAAAUCAAAUCAAAUGGAAGAAAUUAUUCAGUUUUUACCGUCGACACCUGACACAUUUAUGUGAUGAAAUUAUUAAUAUACCAAAAAACAAUGUUAUGUACAUAAAAUAUGUAAACUAAGUGUAAUAUUUUAAAAGCGUGUAUAUUUUUUUACUUGCGCGAUACAUUUGCAAAUCAGCUCUAUUUUCCAAAAAAAUGGUUCGCAACACACACAGGAAAAAAUGUAUAAUAUUGGGACAACGUUCAGUUUCUCUUCUUUUUUUCCCCCUUUUUUUCUGUUGAACCAAACAAAAACUUUUGUUGAAAUCAUUUUAUGUUACAUUUCGUUGAAUAAAAUCGUUUAGAAAUGGAA